UGUUGACCACAAUUUUAUUUGUAGUAAUACAAUUUCCAUUUCAAUUUCAAGAAAAAAGCAAGAACAAAAGGGAAAAAAGAAGGAAAAAAAAACACUCAACACUAUUUUUCUUUUACAAUCUACCUUUUGCAGGCAAAUUUAUCUCCUAUUAAUACAAAAAAUCUCCGGAAUAAUCUCCCCUCCCUCUUUCUAUAAUUGCUUGCAGUAUUAGUUCUCUACAUUUAGGGGGCAAUACCCAUAAGGUGAAGGAGAAAUAGGUGGAGACAAAUUUGGCCUUGAGGGUUUGGCGUGCUUUCCUUUUUUUGCUCUAUAUAAAUAAGUCAUAAUCUUGAUUGUCUACAACCCCUAUAUCCAAUCUAUACCAAAUAAUAGAUAUCUUAUAGUAUGAAUUUUGUUAUUUUGGGAUAGUAUUGGAGUUUAGGUACUGAAGCUUUUGUUGAAUGCAGAUUUUCUUGUUGGGUUUUUAAGUACAUUUGAUUAAUGUCUAGUGUGGAAGUUAAAGGGUUUUUAGUGACACCCACAAAGCCUAAUUAGUCAGGUUUGUUGAAAAGGUUAUGACUUUGAUAAUUGUUGCAUUGAAGAUUGAGGAUUUGCUGGUAUCUGGGGUUUGAUCCUUUUGGUUAUAGAUGAAUCUUGAAUUUUGAUGUGGUGUGAAUGUAUGUGUUGGUUGGUUGGUUUUUUGUUAGGGUAUGUUGAGCAUCCUUUGUGAGGUCUUUGCUUAGUUUUGGGAUUUCAUUUUGAGAUUAAAGAGUGUUGUAAUUCUUGGGGUUUUGGGGUUCUCAUUUGGCUAUGUGAGUGGGUAUUGAUUGCUGGUAAAGGUAUCACCUUCUGUUUUUUUCUAGGGUUUAUUGUGUGUUUUGAGGUGAAAAGCUUUUAUGUGGAGAGGAUUUGUUCCUUGAUCACUUGUUAGUUUCUUACUGAUUCUUUGUUCCUCAGCUAGUGUUUAAAAGUUUCCCUUUUGUUCCUUAGUGGUGUAAGAACCCCGGCUGUGAAAUAAUUUGUGUGAGUCACAAAUUUAGAUAUGAACAGGAGGAUUAGGAGGAAAUUGACAAGGAAGGGACAGGAGAAGGCGGAUUGUCCUGAGGUCGAUGAGUGUUUGGCUUUGGAUGAGAGAGGGAUAGUUGAUUGGACUAGGUUGCCGGAUGAUACAGUAAUCCAGCUCUUUUCGUGUUUGAACUAUCGUGAUCGAGCAAGCUUGUCAUCCACCUGUCGUACUUGGAGAAAUUUAGGCACAUCACCAUGCUUGUGGCAGGUUUUGGAUCUUCGUCCUCAUAAGUGUGAUUCUGCUGCUGCUGCUUCUCUUGCCCCUAGGUGUAAGAAUCUUCAGAAACUUCGAUUUCGUGGUGCUGAAUCUGCUGAUGCAAUAAUACAGCUUCAGGCUAAGAGUUUGUAUGAGAUCAGCGGUGAUUACUGCCGCAAGAUCACAGAUGCUACAUUGUCUGUAAUUGCUGCUCGACAUGAGUCACUUGAAAAUUUGCAACUUGGCCCUGAUUUUUGUGAAAAGAUAAGCAGUGAUGCAAUAAAAGCAAUAGCUAUUUGCUGUCCUCAACUCCGGAGACUUAGACUUUCUGGAAUUCGUGAUGUUGAUGGAGAUGCCAUCAAUGCAUUGUCUAGGCAUUGUCGGGAUUUGGUGGACAUUGGUCUCAUCGAUUGUCUCAACAUUGAUGAGGUGGCUUUGGGAAACGUUUUGUCUCUUCGCUUCCUGUCGGUUGCUGGCACGACUAAUAUGAACUGGAGUUUGGCUUUAGAGAAUUGGAGUAAACUGCCUAACCUGAUGGGCUUAGAUGUUUCUAGAACAGAUAUAAUUCCUAAUCCCGUUCUAAGACUGUUUUCAUCCUCACUAUGCUUAAAGGUCUUCUGCGCCUUAUAUUGCCCCGCUCUCGAGCAAGACGCCAACUUUGUUUCCAAUAACAACCUCAGAGGUAAACUACUGCUUUCUUUUUUCACUGACAUUUUUAAAGUAGCAGCAUCACUAUUUGCCGAUACUACAAAUAACGAGAGGAAUGUAUUUGUGGAGUGGAGAAAUUUAAAGACCAAGAAUAGAAAAAUGGAUGAUGUUAUGAAUUGGCUGGAAUGGAUCCUUUCUCAUUCACUUCUGCGAAUUGCUGAAAGCAAUCCUCAAGGGUUGGACAAUUUUUGGCUAAGCCAGGGUGCCUAUCUGUUACUUAGUUUAAUGCGUAGCACUCAAGAGGAAGUUCAAGAAAGGGCAGCCACUGGCCUGGCAACUUUUGUUGUCAUUGAUGAUGAAAAUGCUAGUAUUCAUGGUGGAAGGGCUGAAGCAGUUAUGCGAGAUGGAGGCAUAGGUCUCCUGCUUAAUCUUGCAAAAUCUUGGAGGGAAGGGCUUCAGACAGAAGCUGCAAAGGCUAUAGCAAAUUUAUCUGUGAAUGCCAAUGUUGCAAAAGCUGUAGCAGAAGAAGGUGGGAUAAGCAUCCUAGCAAUUUUGGCAAGGUCUAUGAAUAGGCUGGCUGCAGAAGAGGCGGCUGGAGGACUGUGGAAUCUCUCAGUUGGGGAAGAGCAUAAGGCUGCCAUUGCUGAAGCUGGUGGUGUAAAAGCUCUGGUUGAUCUUAUCUUCAAAUGGUCCAUCACUGGUGGUGAGGGAGUUCUGGAACGUGCUGCUGGUGCAUUAGCAAAUUUGGCGGCAGACGACAAAUGUAGCAUGGAAGUAGCAGCAGUAGGUGGUGUACAUGCUUUAGUAAAGCUUGCUCAAAACUGCAAAGCUGAAGGAGUUCAAGAGCAGGCUGCCCGUGCACUCGCAAAUCUUGCUGCGCAUGGAGAUAGCAAUAGUAACAAUGCAGCAGUUGGACAAGAGGCAGGAGCUCUGGAAGCACUUGUGCAACUUACGCGUUCUCCUAAUGAUGGAGUCAGGCAAGAAGCUGCUGGAGCAUUAUGGAAUCUGUCAUUUGAUGACAGAAAUCGUGAAGCAAUUGCGGCAUCUGGUGGUGUUGAGGCUUUGGUUGCUCUUGCACAAUCGUGCUCAAAUGCUUCUCCUGGCUUGCAGGAGAGGGCUGCUGGUGCUUUGUGGGGAUUGUCUGUAUCAGAAGCAAACAGUAUCGCAAUUGGACGAGAAGGAGGUGUGGCACCACUUAUAGCACUUGCGCGAUCUGAUGCUGAGGAUGUCCAUGAAACUGCAGCAGGGGCUCUCUGGAAUCUUGCUUUCAACCCUGGUAAUGCUUUCCGUAUAGUGGAGGAAGGGGGGGUUCCUGCCCUUGUUCAUCUUUGUUCGUCAUCUAUCUCAAAAAUGGCACGCUUUAUGGCUGCAUUGGCGUUGGCUUAUAUGUUUGAUGGAAGAAUGGAUGAAGUUGCACUUGUGGGAACUUCUUCAGAUAGCAACUCUAAGAGUGUAAACUUAGAUGGAGCUCGAAGAAUGGCUUUAAAGAACAUUGAAGCUUUUAUCCUUGCAUUUUCUGAUCCACAAGCAUUUUCUGCUGCUGCUGCAUCAUCCGUCCCUGCAGCAUUGACUCAAGUUACUGAAUCAGCUCGUAUUCACGAGGCAGGUCAUCUUAGGUGCAGUGGAGCUGAGAUUGGAAGAUUCGUUACGAUGUUACGUAAUUCUUCUUCUAUUCUCAAAGCAUGUGCUGCAUUUGCUCUUCUUCAGUUCACAAUCCCUGGUGGUCGGCAUGCACAACAUCAUGUUUACCUAUUGCAGAACACUGGAGCAUCAAGGAUUUUGCGUGCUGCUGCUGCCGCAGCCACUGCCCCUAUUGAAGCCAAAAUCUUUGCACGAAUCGUACUUCGAAACUUGGAGCACCAUCAUAUAGAAUCCUCAGCCUAAGGCCUGUUGAGGACUAGUCCUAGGCUUGUGCAUUUCGACCACUGCCAUUGGUGCCUUACUCAGCAAUCGUGGUAGGUAUACUCCUUUCAGUGGCGUUGACAUAAAGCUGCUAGUUCGUGUUAGCGCACCAAAAGUAACAGUGCUGGCUUUUGGGAAGAAGCACAAGCUUCUUAUUUUUCUACCCAAACGGCUGCCUCUUUUUGAGUUUCUAUUAGUUUUAUUUCUUGGGUACAUAUAGGCUGUGUGAUUUUGAUAGAUCUAUUGGGCAGCGCGUUAUAUAUAUAGUUCCCAAGUCCAGUUGUGUUUCAGAUUCUGUAUUUUACUGUGCACUGGCAGUUUGUUUAAUACCUGUACAUUAUAGAGCUGCAGAGACGUCAGCAUGCUGACAAUUUCUGUACAAAGACUUCAAAGAAUUUCUAUGAUAUACUUCUUGUGUUUGGAUGAUGAA